UCAUAUCCUUUCUUUAAAAUGGGGGAGGGUUGGGGGCUGGAGUACCCUGAACCAUAGAUUCACUGCUGCCAUCCUCCUUUUGGAAGCUUAGCUUAGAAAAAGAGGAGUGAGAUUUAUUGCACUUGUAGGUCUAAUUAGGGGGAAGGGGGGGCUUCUGGCCCGCUCACUGGUUCCCUCUCCUCUUCACGGAGCUGGGGCCGCCUCCUCCAGAGCUGUGGCCUUGUUUUCACCCCUCUACUUUGAAAGGAAAGUUUGUGACUGAACCGUGCUUUCAUAGUUGUGUCAUUUUUUUAAAAGCAUGAUACUCAUUUUAUUUCUUCAUCAAACUCCACCCUCUGCUUAAAUACUGCAUACAAAUUACAAUUUACAACGGCAUUUACCGAUCCCUCUGAUUUGGCCAUAAUGCACAGAAUGCAGCUGGCAUGAGCUUCCACAUCAUUUAAUCCCUGUGUUGUAUGGGUUUGCUUUUUUUUUUUUUUUAACACAACUUUUGAUGUUGUAUUUGGAUAUGCUUCAUGUUCAUGUGGCAAGAGAUGCAGCACUUUUCUUAUAAAUAUAUUUAGUCGUUUACAGUUAAAGUUUAUCUCCUGACAAUCAUUAAAGUUGUCUUAUAGUCACAUUAGCAAGCCAGUCAAUUUUGCAGAAUGCAGAUUACUCCUUCUUGUAAUUGACUUUAAAAUUAUAUUUUGUAUGCCACAAGAAAAGAAAUUGAAUUCCUUCAGAUCUCAAGGAGCAGACAAAUAUGACGACUUCAUUUCUAGCUCCAGGGAGAUUUUGUAGGCAUCUGGGGGGAAAAAAAACAACUUUGAAUUGUGAUUGUGCUCUCACUUAAUUGAAAAAUAACUGCCAAGUUCAAAACUAUAAUUAGAAAAAAGUAUUCUAGCCAUUAUGUUUCAAGAGUUUAAAUUGUACUGGAACUUGCAUUAAAAUUAGAAUCAAAGCAAAGUUAAGAAAAUAGUACACAAUCUGAAAUAAGACAGCUACGUGUACAUGGGCAUAUCUAGAUUAAUUUGAGAGUUCAGUAGCCCUAACUUUUCCUAAAGUUGUCUUUGUUUACAUGGCAAUUUAAAACGCUGGCACUGUUGAAGUAAAACAUACACAUUUAAAAAAAAAAAACUUUGGUCAGCUUUAAGAACUCAAAGCAUGCUUACGUUUUGCAUUCAGAUGGUUAAUGAAUCCAGUGUUUUUGCAGUUGCAAGCUCGUGCAUUCACUGGGCAAAAGCUGGCUGCAGGUUGCAGUGGCACCGCGCAGGACAGACACUAAUUAUAUUUCCCACUUUUUUCAAUAAUGUUUGGCUACUGUAAGUUCACCUUUUUUUCUUGAAAUUUUUCAAUUUUCUGUUGCUUUUAAUAGUGAGAACUUUAUAUGGGGCGAUGGGGAGGAGGGGAGAAGGAAGGGGUGCAGGAUACUUGUUCUCUACUCAAAAGUUGUAAGUGAUUAGUAGGAUUUGUAACUCGUAUCUAUUUUAAGAAUAAUUCUAUAGCAUUUUUAGAGAAUAUGGAAAUAUUUUAUGAGCAAAACGCUGCUUGCUUGUAAAUGAAGAGGCCUCUAGACAUUUGCCAAGAAACACAACCUUUCUCCGGUCCCCCCCCCCCUUUUUUUUAACCCUAAUUUGCUUCCUUCUGGAGGUCUGACUGGGGUUACAUUUAUCUGUGUGUUCCUCCUUAGUGGCCGAGGGGUUGGGUGGCACUUUCUCGGCCAUGCCGGAUUGGGGACCCUGAAGUCAGGCCUAGUUCCGGCGGGGCAGAAUGGCAAGGGGCGCAGGCAAUGGCUGGACACUUGGAGCCGCGGAGCUGGAGGGCCUCACCCUAGAUAUCCUCGCGGUGUGGGCUGUGAGUGAGAGCGAGCGGGAGAAGAUGCGCAGGGCUGCAGGCAGAGCUUCUGCAUUGUGUCGGGUGCGCUGCGGCGCGGCGAUGUUCGCAAGCCCCCUGGAUGCACAUUGCCUCUUUUCUCUCUUUCUUUUUGUCAGCGGUUCAGCGAGGAAGAAUGCCUCCAACCCAGCCCAAUCCAGGCCAGUACGCACUCACCAACGGGGACCCCCUCAACGGCCACUGCUCCCUGUCCGGCUACAUCUCGCUGCUGCUGCGCGCGGAGCCCUACCCCACGUCGCGCUACGGCAGCCAGUGCAUGCAGCCCAACAACAUCAUGGGCAUCGAGAACAUCUGCGAGCUGGCCGCGCGCCUGCUCUUCAGCGCCGUCGAGUGGGCCCGCAACAUCCCCUUCUUCCCGGAUCUGCAGAUCACCGACCAGGUGUCCCUGCUACGCCUCACCUGGAGCGAGCUGUUCGUGCUCAACGCGGCCCAGUGCUCCAUGCCGCUGCACGUGGCGCCGCUGCUGGCCGCCGCCGGCCUGCACGCCUCGCCCAUGUCCGCCGACCGCGUCGUGGCCUUCAUGGACCACAUCCGCAUCUUCCAGGAGCAGGUGGAGAAGCUCAAGGCGCUGCACGUCGACUCGGCCGAGUACAGCUGCCUCAAAGCCAUCGUGCUGUUCACGUCAGACGCCUGUGGCCUGUCGGAUGCCGCCCACAUCGAGAGCCUGCAGGAGAAGUCGCAGUGCGCGCUGGAGGAGUACGUGAGGAGCCAGUACCCCAACCAGCCCAGCCGCUUCGGCAAACUGCUGCUGCGACUGCCCUCACUGCGCACGGUGUCCUCCUCGGUCAUCGAGCAGCUCUUCUUCGUCCGUUUGGUAGGUAAAACCCCUAUCGAAACUCUCAUCCGCGAUAUGUUACUGUCUGGGAGCAGCUUCAACUGGCCUUACAUGUCCAUCCAGUGCUCCUAGACCUUGGGCGCUUCCCGCCUGGCCCCUGCCUCCCUAGAGACUUAGAGGACCCGCCCCGGGCCAAGGACUCCAAAGCCUCGGGGACACCAGGGCGGCUGACUCCGGGUGCGGCGGGCCAGGCAGGCCGGGCGGGGGGAGGAGGGCUGGGAUAGGAGCAGCCCACCCUGCAGAAAUGCAACCCGAGCUGCAAACCAGGAAAAAGAGACUCGUUUAGGAUCAGAUCUGUGAGCACUUGGAAAGGAAAGAAAAAGGACCCUGUGUCUGGUGAGAAAAAGAAAAAAAUUUUUUGGAAGAGAGGACCAUGAGAAUUUUAAUAAAACAGAAGGAAACUAAAGGACCUUCCAGGAUUUAUUGCGGACGGAUGUGGAUAUAUUCUGUACAGAAAACAACACAUAUGGAAGUGGACUGAAUCCUAUGUAGAAACACACACACACACCGAACAUUGUUAUUCAUUUUGUAAAAUACUAGUCUUUAUUUUCAUUUUUUUGUAAAAUUUAAACAUCGUAUGCGCAUAAAGAAAAAAGAAAACAAGAAUUAGGGGAAAAUAACAUUUUCCAAAUAAUUAUUAAAAAAUAUUGUCCUGUGUCUAUGUAUCUAUAUCUGUUUUGUAUUUUUUUCUGGUUCCAAACCAGAUUUCCUGUGAUUCUAUACUAAUAAUUUUUGAUAUAACCCUUUGCUUCUUAUAAUGAGUGCGAUAUAUGUUGUCGAGGCUGUUCUUCAAGAAUUAAAAUUGAGGUGAAAAUUUAAACAAAAAUAAAAGAAUUUAGCAAAA